UCCUACCAUCAUCUUUCAAUCCCCCGAAUCUUAGUUCUGCUUUUUUUCUGAUAUUCCUAGAAAUAAUGUCGCUCGGCUCUUUAGUAAAUCCAGCUUACAUGGCCAGUGGUGGCGGCUCCAAGUUGGAAAAUUACCACCCUCCAACGAAUUUCGAGACGUUCCGGGAUGGAAUACCCUUGGCGAACGCCCAAUCUUUUUCGAAUGAAGACGGCCUCAAAUCGAACGUUAUUAACUGGAUAGCGAAGUACUUGGGCAUUGACCCAUCGAACGUCGAGUGGACAUCAGGAUCCUCUAUGGAUGGCGGCUUUUCGACUGGAUAUGUCAGGCAGGCCUAUAAUGGAAUCCCUUUUGCCAAUGCGGUUGCUAAUGUUGCGUUCGUGGGCGAUAAAGUAACGAGUUUUGGGAACUCAUUUGUCUCGAUCGAUCAAUCUAAAAUCGCCCCGUCAACGCCCACCAAAACCCCCGCUGAUGCGAUCGCCUGCGCAGAGGUUAGAUUUGGAGGGAAACACAACGGGACCGAGCCGGUAUUGCAAUACCUCGCUCGACCGGAUGGUUCGGUAUCGUUGGUCUAUUCAGUUCAGGUUCAGAAGGAAGAUACUGGGGCGUUUCUGGAAGUCUAUGUCGAUGCACAUUCCGGAGAAGUCUUAUCGAUGACAGACUUUGUAGCACAUUAGAACAGUUGCUUAUUCAUUACACGUCUUGGGCGUCGCACUUGUGGUACAGCCUCCCGCUCCCAUUAGAAAUUCAAUUCUCAGUUCCGU